AAUUAUCUUCAAGAGAGUGAAACAGCAAAGAGCAGAACACAACACGCGGCAAAUGGCGUUUGAGCGGGCAGUUUCAUUUUCAUCAACAAGCUUGAGAAACCUCACCAUCUUCCCCCAAAACCCUAAUUUCAUCCCCAAAUUCAAACUCCCAUCUUCCACAACACUCUCUUCCAAAGCAACCCCUAGAAAUUUCAACUUGAACCUAAAAGUGAGGUGUUCCAAUUCCAUCACCAAUGGAACUUACCCUAAACCCACUGAAAUUCAAUGGAAUAAGGACCUCUGUAACUCUGUCAAUUUAAUCGGUUUUGUCGCUAACCCCGUCGAAAUCAAACACCUUCCGUCCGGUAAAGUCGUUGCUUGGACUCGCCUCUCUGUCAAGAAAAACGCUACCCAAAUGUCAUGGAUUAAUUUGACAUUCUGGGAUGAACUUGCUCUUGUUGCUUCUCAGCAUGUUCAGCAAGGUCAACAAAUUCAUGUUUCUGGUCGGCUUGUUACUGACACUGUUGAUUCUGUUGAUGGAAAACAACAAACUUACUAUAAGGUUGUUGCUCAGCAGCUGAAUUUCAUUCAUAGGAGUGAUUCGCCGGUCACCUCAUAUGAUCAAGACUUCAAUUUUGUGGCGUCUGAUGGAGGUAAAAAAGUGAGUAAUGCUGGAAAUUAUAGUGCUGGAAGUUCUGUGGUGGAAUUAUGGCAAGCAUUUUUUGCUAACCCAGGGGAGUGGUGGGACAAUAGGAAGAACAAGAGGAACCCCAAAGGUCCUGAUUUUAAGCACAAAGAUACCGGAGAAGCUCUGUGGAUCGAUGGCAGAUCAAGUCCACCAUGGGUCAAAUCCCAACUGGAAAUAUUAGACAUGAGAAUGGGGACUUAUACCAGUGAAACCACUAGGAUGCCAGUAGAUAUGGUGAGCACAAAUGAAAUGCUGUCUUUCUAAAAACUACGCCAAACCGCACCCAACGUAAUAUUCUAUUUCACUCGACUUGGAAACUUCUUUGUGCAGUUUUCAUUUUGCCAGUAAAUUUUGGUUCUACGUAUAUUAAAUUUUGUUUAUAGUCUCUGGUGAUAUGUUAAGUGUUUCACGUUUAGAAUUAGAUUUUUGCCUAUGUAACAGAUAAUAGUAUUUUACUGAAGUCUCUGUACUGUAUAACUCAGAAGAUUUUAAAUUAGGUAUAUGAGCAGAAUUGGUGAAAGUUAGGCAAAGUAAUAACUAAAUUUGAGGAUAGCACACAUGCCAUA